UUCACCAACAGAAGCUAUGUCUGAGUUUUAAGACCGCCGCCAAUUCAAUGUAUCUGCGACAAGCAGUUUACUACGAUUUGAUUACCACCCAGUUGAGGCAUUCCUCCCUCACGGCGCGUCAAAAACCAUGAAUCCCCAUGGCCUGCUUGCACACCUCAACCCCUCUCAGCAAGCUGCUGUAUCAUCCUUCGCAGAUACAUUGGCUAUACUCGCGGGGCCAGGCAGUGGAAAGACACAUACGCUAACCUCACGAACGGCCUGGCUGCUUGCACAAGGUCUACAGCCAUGGAACGUUAUCGUUGCGACGUUCACGGUCAAAGCCGCUCGAGAGAUGAAGGAGAGGAUUGGGAAGCUGAUUGGGAAUGGCAUGGAAUCGAAAUUAGUCCUCGGAACCUUUCACAGCAUUGCUCGACGAUAUCUUGCCCGAUACGGCCACCUCAUCGACAUCAAGAAGGAUUUUGGAAUUGCAGAUUCUGCAGAUUCGUUGGCGAUCAUAAAACGUAUUAUCAAGAAGAACAACUUCAUUAUCGACGCGAAGAUCACUCGGUCACGGAUUAGUGGGAAGAAGUCAAGGGGUGCUAGGUACAGAGAUAAGGAGAAUGAGAACACGUCUGGCGCGAAGACGGUCGAGGCACAAGAGUUUGAUAUCUGCUAUGCAGAGUAUGAGGAAGCGUUGAAGAGAUCAAAUCUCCUCGACUACGAUGAUCUCCUCCUCCGAUGUGUCGACCUCCUCCGAUAUCAUCCCUCAUGUGUUUCGAACGUCGAGGCGGUACUCAUCGACGAGUUUCAAGAUACCAAUAUCGUGCAGUUCGACCUGAUGCGUUUGUUUGCUGCCCAUCGAAAAAGGGUAACUAUCGUAGGAGAUCCAGAUCAGAGCAUAUAUGGUUUCCGGGCCGCAGAAGUCAAAAACUAUAAACGAUUACUGAAGAUGUAUCCGGAGACCGUGACGAUCGCUCUGGAAGAGAAUUACAGGUCCUCGGGAGCCAUUCUUCUCACAUCUCUGAAUAUUAUUGAGCAGGAUAGCUCAAGAGUUGCGAAGUCACUACUUGCUACCCACGCAGUGGGAACUCGCCCUGUUCUUCGGAGGUUAUGUGACGCUCAUAAGGAGGCCGAGUGGAUUAUCACUGAGAUUCAGAGGAUUAAGGGAUUGACAGGAGAACUAUUAGAUCUAAACGAUUUCGCUAUUCUCCUACGCUCCUCUGCACUCUCUCGGUUGAUAGAAAGUGCUUUGGGCAAAGCAGGAAUAGCAUACCGCAUGGUUGGUGGGUUGAGAUUCUAUGACAGACUAGAAGUCAAGACUAUACUGGACUACCUGAGGGUGAUCAAUCAACCAGACAACAACGACGCUCUGGCACGUAUCAUCAAUGUUCCUUCAAGACGAAUCGGCGAAAGUACCAUCAAAUCUCUUUUGGAAGAAGCGGACGAGUCUAAGAUAACUCUGUGGUCACUAAUCUUGGGGUUCGUGCAAGGCAAGAAAAGCGCGAAGACCAAGCUUCCGAAACAGACUGACCAAGGCCUUUCCCGCUUCGUCAACAUCAUUUUGACGGCAAGGGGGAAGCUGACAGCACCGGAAGAAGAGCGAAUGACUAUGCCAGAGCUCAUCAAAUUCAUAUUGUUGAAGACAGACUACGAGACAUGGUUAGAAGAACACCAUUCCGACAUACAUAAAGCACGAUGGGCCAACGUAGAAGAACUCAUCACUCAAGCCACUGACUUCCAAGACCUGGUAUCUUGUAGCUACGAGGACGAGUCUCUACCGCAGAUCGACGGUCUGGAUCAGGAUGAAGGGCCGGACCAUCUCUCGAGGUUUCUUGCCAAUGUAGCAUUGGCUUCAGAAGUCAAGAACGAUGAAGGAACAGCAACUGCACAAGUCACGAUCUCUACGAUCCACGCUGCCAAAGGCCUUGAAUGGCCUGUCGUAUUCAUACCAGCCACGUACCAAGGUUCAAUCCCCCAUUCCAGGGCCGAGGACACGAACGAAGAGCGGAGACUGUUGUAUGUCGCUAUGACCAGGGCUAAAGCGCUCUUAUACAUGAGCUACCCUGUCAAAAACUCUCAGUCAGAACUGACGACAUUGUCUCCUUUCCUGUGUGCGACAUCCCUAGCACCUCUUCUUGAUCAGAGAGGGCCAUCAUUUAGAUCGUCAACCGUUCAGACGAUGGCACAGAUCCUCCGACGUGCUUUGCCGUCUGCCACAUCAAUUUCUAAAUCUUCUGCGUUCGUGGUUAGCAUGGAAGACGAUAUUUUCCCACUCAAUGGCGAGGAGAAUAAGGACGAAAAAACUUCGAGAUGGAACUCUAUGGCGGGCAAUCCGAGCUUUACGAUGGGUCAGCAAGCACCAAAACGCAGAAGAGUAGAGAUGAAUCGUUCGGUGAGUAACAUAGAAGAAAGAUCCGCACCGGACUGGAAGCCUGCGUACCAUACAACAAUGGACCAGUCCGCCAGUUUCACGUCUGCGUCGAUUACCAUGAAGUCCAGUUUUGUGAGCGCCGGCUCGCAUUUGCAGGUGCUCAAGGAGCAGGCAGUAGAUUGUGCUGCCGCAACAUCGCUGGAUCCUGCUCCCGAAGAUACACAAUCACAAGCAAGGAAAAAAGUAGCUCCCAAAGCUAAGUCCAAAUCUUUAGAGGGUCAGGGGACUUUGUUCGGCUUUUUGGGUAAACCCGAACCUAAAGUCGCAGAACUUGUGAAUAUAAAACCACCCAAGACCACUACAAACCGCACUGAGACUUCAAACUUUCCAGUAGCAGCCGCUUUCUGUUUACCAAGGCCUCUUGCUAUUGUCGAUAGGCCGAUCGAAAUUGCGCCAUCCCUUGCUAAUCAUCGUUUGGGGGGCGGCAAGACGAUUAUUCGGCCACGACAGAGUGUUCCCAUUGAGGAUUGCCACCGGAAUGAUUAUGUCUUCUUGUCAAGUUCGCCGCCAAGGGUCACUCGAAUAGAACCAAUUCCCGAAAAACAGCCCGGGUUGGUAUCAAAUCCACCGAUAAUGAAGCUCGUACGUCCAGUAGUAUCUAUGCAUGAGACGAGUAUGGACAAGCUACAAAGCGGGUCUGCUGCUAGGAAGACGUUGGGAGUAAAACGUAGUAUGAACGGAUGGGAGAAUCGAAAGAACCAGAGCUUCAAGCCUCCAACUAUUACACGACCUGCUGAAUGACAUAAUGAGGGUAUGAGAGAUUUGACAUGGUAUGGCGUUUUGGAUAACGGGUUACAGACUCUGGCUGAAAGUAUAUUUUGUAGCUGCGCAUAGCUGUGUUACCGCUGUAUUUUUCGAGGUAGACCGGAAUAACUUUGUAGGAUUCAUUACAUGUACUCGGUUGUAGCUCGGCGAGAAAAGGGGAAGCGAGAACGAGAAAGAGCGCGUGCCCUUAUCGAAGGAUGAAUGACGGUCGGAGGAGUUACCCCUUAGGUUUUACCUUGAUGAUUCUCUCCUUUCCAGAGGCAUCAAAGAUCAAUGAAUGUCU